AGCAGCCCCAAUGGCCAGGUUAAUAGAUUUAGAAACUUGUUGAGGAAACACAUCUACCUCAUUUCAAAGCUUGAUCAUACCAGUAGGUGCAAGCUCAGAGAGAUCACUUUGAGCCAUGAUUUGGUUGUGGUAUGGGCUGGAUCCCAUGAAGUUGAAGGCUUACCACAGUUCAUGGAACAGGAGAAGCCAGUUGAGAAUAGUCCUGGCUAUGGGACAAAGAACAAAUUGAAAGUGACAACAGAACUCCAAUUCAUGGAGGGCCACCUUGAUAAAUGUUCCACUUACUUGUUGCAGUGGGCCUACCAGAGAGAAGAUUCCGUUCAUCUACACUGUAGAAAGCUGAAAAUUUAUGGCUUAACCAAAGCCACAGUCAUAGAAAUGUUCAAAAUUGCACAUGCAGAAUAUAUAGAUGAUCUGUAAUUAUCUUGUCUUUGCCUAGAUUUGGAUUUUCUUAAUCCCUACCUGAAACAGAUGAGCAAUCUACUCUCACUUACGCUAGAUGAGAUCAUAUAUACCCUCAAUAUAGAUGAUUAUAGAAAUCUUAAUGAGGAAAAAGUGAUUACAGUGAUUUCUCAUCUUCCUACAUUCCACCAUCUCCAGGAACUCUAUGUACAUGGGGUACUUUUUACAGAAUGUCUCAGGUGCAUGAAGAAGCCCUUGGAGGUACUUUCGUUCACUGACUGUGACCUNUCACAGUCAGUCUUGGAUUACCUCCCUUAUUGCCUGAAUAUUUUUGAGCUCAGANCUCUCCACCUGAUUGAUGUACGUUUAAGUAAUUUACUUCUUGAGCCCCUUGGGUUUCUCCUUGAGAGAGUUAGACAUACCCUGAAAUCCCUGCAAUUGAUGCCAUGUGAAAUGCGGGAAACUCACUUCAAUGCCCUGCUGCCUGCCCUAAGUCAAUGUUACCAACUCACAGUAGUUAAUUUCUAUGGUAAUGAACUCUCUCUGCUUUUCCUGAAAAAACUUCUACACCACACAGCUAAGCUUAGCCAGCUAGCUGAUGAGCUGUACCCUGCCCCUCAGGAGUGCUAUGAUAACAGGGAUGUAGUACUAUUACACAGAUUAGAAAAUUUUUGUUCUGAGCUCCUGGAUAUACUCAGGGAUAAGAAAGCCCAAGAAAGUCACGUUUGGUACAAUCAAAUGCUCCAAGCGUGGUGGGUCCUAUGUUUAUGA